UCCCCUCGGUUAAGGCCUAAAGAGGCGUGCGGUUUUUCAAAGCGUAACCGAGUGAGGGCAGCCCGUGGCUUUGGGUGCUACAACGUAGUCAAUUUACUCACCGCAAGCAAGCAAGCAAGCAAGCAAGGGUAUUCGUGCUUCAGAUCCUACAACAAAUGCUCAAAUAAUAAUUGCAGGUUCUCGUUCUGAUCGAGUAUGGCUUUGGCCAGGCUGUGUGCAAGAUCCUCGCAUCUCUCUCCUCUUCGCAAAACCCUAAAUUGCACUCUUCUACAACCCAGGUGUCUACAUGAAGUCGGACAGAGAAGAUAUAGUUUUCUGGGAUCCGAACAUAGUAGGAAGUCGUAUAACAAAUUUUCCCAAUUGGGAAUUGGGCACAUGAAGACGCCGCCUUAUUAUGUGCCGGGAUCUCAACACCAUUAUGCUACAAAUGUCAUCAGAGAGCAAAAGUCAAGGAAAAUACUUUAUUAUUUAACGGGAUUGGUGUUUGCAAUGGUCGGAUGUACUUAUGCUGCAGUUCCUUUAUAUAGACGGUUUUGCCAAGCUACUGGCUAUGGUGGUACCGUUCAACGCCGUGAGACCGUAGAAGAAAAGAUUUUGAGGCAUGCUCAAGAUGGAACAGUCACCAAUAGGGAGAUUGUGGUGCAGUUCAAUGCUGAUGUGUCAGAUGGAAUGCCUUGGAAGUUUAUUCCUACUCAAAGAGAGGUGAGAGUGAAGCCAGGAGAGAGUGCUCUUGCUUUUUACACUGCUGAAAAUCUUAGUUCCGCUCCUAUAACUGGCAUGUCUACUUAUAAUGUUACACCCAUGAAGGCUGCAGUUUAUUUCAACAAGAUACAAUGUUUUUGCUUCGAGGAGCAACGCCUUCUUCCUGGCGAGCAGAUUGACAUGCCUGUGUUCUUUUAUAUUGACCCCGAGUUUGAAACGGAUCCUAGGAUGGAUGGUAUCAACGAUAUUAUCCUUUCGUAUACGUUCUUCAAAAUUGCAGAAGAUAAGAAGUCGUAGUCGAUUUUAUUAACUUUCAAGGCUGAAUUUGAUCAACUUACAGAAAGUGAUUUUUGUUUCAAUCCAUUCCCAUACAUGUAACCUAAACUGUGUUUUCUGAGGAUUAGGUUUUCAAUCAACUCAGACAUUUUUGGCUUGAGAAUAAAUAUGAUCAAUGAUUUAUAUUUGUAAUCAUAUCUUUGAUUUAUAUUUGUAA